AUGGAGAUUAUUGCCACAACAAGGAACACGGCCGGAGCAUCAACAUCCAAUGCGACUCAUCCGACCGAGUGGAGCUUGGAGAGUUUUCUUCAACACCACCCAGCCAAGUUCAAUGGGAAAGGGUUACCAGACGAGGCUGACCAGUGGUUGAGGGACAUUGAGAGAAUUUAUGAUGCCAAGAGGUGCCUGGACGAAAAUCGCUUGGCAUUCACUGAGUAUUUACUGAUUGGUGAGGCCAGCCACUGGUGGACGAGCAUGAAGGCUAUUUUGAUGGACACUCACAGUCCCAUCUCUUGGGAAGUUUUCAGAAGUAAAUUCUAUGAAGAAUAUUUUCCAGACAGCGUUCGUUACGCCAAGGAAGUGGAGUUCCUUCAGUUGGUACAAGGUGGGAAGUCUGUAUCGGAGUAUACCAACAUGUUCAAUCAUUUAUUGAGGUUCAAUACUAUGGCCACUAGUGAAGAGUGGCAGUGUCGGAAAUUCGAGAAUGGGUUAAGGAGUGAUCUGAAAGUGCUGAUAUCCAGCCUUUGUAUUAAGUCUUUUCCCUCAAUGGUUGAGAGAGCCAAAGUGUUGGAGAAGAAUGUGGCUGAAGUGGAGCAACAGAAGAAGCAACAAGCAGCAAGGGGACUGAAUUUGUCAAGGACUAAUCUGAAUCGAAAUAGGACGCCGUACGCUCGUCCAGCACAAUCAUUGAAUUCAAGUGGAUCACAAGCUAUGGUUGUGGCCGGACAGUCUGGGCAACAGGGAGCA